GAGGAGGAGCCGGACGGGCUGGCGGGCGGCCGGGCGGCGGCAUGGCGGAGCCGAGUGGGGCUGAGACGAGGCCCCAGAUUCGGGUCACCGUCAAGACCCCCAAGGACAAGGAGGAGAUCGUGAUCUGCGAUCAAGCCUCGGUCAAGGAGGUAGUAUCUGGCUGGGAGGAGACAGGAGGGCGGGAGCAGCGCACCGAGGGGGUCAGAGCAGAGAGGGAGACCUCGGGGUCGGCCUGGCGCCGGGGACGGGCCCCCGGCCGGGGCGGAAUCCAGGGGCAUACAGGCGGGAGAAGCGGGUAGGGGGCGCCCUGCCAGGGCUAGUCCGGGGAGCGUGGCGCGGGUAGGGGCCGGUUUGGCCGCGCUACCCGGGCUGGGGGCGUGGUGGGGGAGCUUGAGGAAGGGACACCUUGCUUGCGGGCUCCAUUUGGAGCCUAGGCUUGAGGAGAGUGUGCUCCAGGGUCACUGGUAGAGGUUCCAGGCGCUAAGGCACCGUGCGGCCCGAGCGAGCUGCGGCUAUGCUCUCCCGGGAGUGUCGCGUGGUGGUGGUGCCCUCUCUCUCUCUCUCUCCCUCUCUCUCUCUCUCCACAGAGCCUCCUUGUCGCAAAUCGAAACGGUUGUGUAGUUCAGUUUUCUGCUCUACAGGAUUUGCUGAGCGCAUUCAAGGAGGAGAUCUCCCGGAGGUUUAAGGCUCAGCAGGAUCAGCUGGUCCUGAUCUUCGCAGGCAAGAUCCUCAAGGAUGGGGACACCCUGAGCCAGCACGGCAUCAAGGAUGGGCUCACAGUCCACCUAGUCAUCAAAACCCCUCAGAAGGCUCAAGAUCCAGUGACUGCUGCUGCUUCUCCUCCAUCCACUCCUGACUCUGCCUCUGCACCCUCCACCACGCCUGCCUCACCUGCCGCCGCCCCUGUCCAGCCCUGCAGCUCUGGCAAUACAACUUCAGAUGCUGGCAGUGGAGGGGGGCCCUCUCCAGUGGCUGCAGAGGGGCCCUCAAGUGCUACUGCAUCGAUCCUCUCUGGCUUCGGAGGCAUCCUGGGACUGGGCAGCCUGGGCCUGGGCUCCGCCAACUUUAUGGAGCUGCAGCAACAGAUGCAGAGACAGCUCAUGUCCAAUCCUGAGAUGCUGUCGCAGAUCAUGGAGAACCCCUUGGUCCAGGAUAUGAUGUCAAACCCUGAUCUGAUGCGCCACAUGAUCAUGGCUAAUCCCCAGAUGCAGCAGCUGAUGGAGAGGAACCCCGAGAUCAGCCACAUGCUCAACAACCCAGAGCUCAUGAGGCAGACAAUGGAGCUUGCUCGUAACCCAGCCAUGAUGCAAGAAAUGAUGCGGAACCAGGACCGGGCCCUCAGCAACCUGGAAAGUGUCCCGGGAGGGUAUAAUGCCCUCCGCCGCAUGUACACGGACAUCCAGGAGCCCAUGUUCACUGCUGCUCGGGAACAGUUUGGCAACAAUCCCUUCUCUUCCCUGGCCGGGAACUCCGACAACUCAUCCUCCCAACCUCUUCGGACUGAGAAUCGAGAGCCCCUCCCUAACCCCUGGAGCCCCUCGCCCCCCACCUCCCAGGCCCCCGGGUCCGGUGGGGAGGGCACCGGAGGAUCGGGGACCAGCCAGGUGCACCCGACAGUCUCGAACCCCUUUGGGAUCAAUGCGGCUAGCCUGGGGUCAGGGAUGUUCAACAGCCCAGAAAUGCAGGCGCUCCUCCAGCAGAUUUCUGAAAACCCCCAGCUGAUGCAGAAUGUCAUCUCAGCCCCUUACAUGCGCACCAUGAUGCAGACGCUUGCCCAGAACCCUGACUUUGCUGCUCAGAUGAUGGUGAAUGUGCCGCUGUUCGCAGGGAAUCCACAGCUUCAGGAGCAGCUCCGCCUGCAGCUCCCCGUGUUUCUGCAGCAGAUGCAAAACCCAGAGUCUCUCUCCAUCCUCACCAAUCCCCGGGCCAUGCAGGCCCUGCUGCAGAUCCAGCAGGGACUACAGACCCUCCAGACUGAAGCCCCUGGGCUGGUACCCAGCCUUGGCUCCUUUGGGACACCCCGGACCUCGGUACCUCUGGCAGGCAGCAACUCUGGAUCUUCGGCAGAGGCCCCCACUUCUUCCCCGGGCGUGCCAGCCACAUCUCCUCCCAGUGCGGGUUCCAAUGCCCAGCAACAACUCAUGCAGCAGAUGAUCCAACUUUUGUCCGGAAGUGGGAACUCACAGGUGCCGAUGCCAGAAGUGAGAUUUCAACAGCAGCUGGAACAACUCAACUCCAUGGGCUUUAUUAACCGUGAGGCCAACCUACAGGCCCUGAUCGCCACAGGAGGGGACAUCAAUGCCGCUAUUGAGAGACUCCUGGGCUCCCAGCUCUCCUGAUCCCUUGGCUGGUGCCUCCUGCCUUCCCCACCUCUCAGCGCCAGCCUCUGGCUCCUCUGUGAAGCCCUAUCUUCCAUGGCCUGUCUUCUUUGACCCCUACGAACAGAGCAGCAAGAACCGCAGGGUGACUUCCAACUUCCAAGGCCUCUGCCCAACCCAAAGCUCUCCAAGGAUUUUGAUUCGUUUACUGUCUCAUGAAAUCUCUCCCGGUCCUCUUGGAGCAGAGCUAUCUAGUGUGCACAGUGUGCCAGUUUGGCCACAUCUCCUUGCCCACAAGUACCUUGGCAACAUACAUUCUUCUCCAGGGGACUGAGAGGAGGACCCCGCCUGGCGUACCGGAAGUCUUCCGUUGGUACCACUAGAGUUUAGCUAGCCUUACAUUACUCCUACCCUCCUCUCCCUCCCUCACCUCAGCCCAACCAGUUUGAAUCUCACUCUUUGGCCAGGUCCUGGUGAAACUGUUUUUUUUUUCUCUACCCCUAUACUGUUUCAUAUAGCCUGUCCUUCUGUCCAAAGGCAGCAGUGAGUCAGCAGUCUGGGUAGGGUUAUCAAGAUCAAACCAGACCAGUGGACACUGGUGCUCUAGAGCCACAGCUGAGAGCUCUCGGAAGCAGGGACCCGGGGAGACAGCCUGGGCAGGAGGCUUGGAAGUUGGAGUUGACAGAGUCUAGAAAGACCAAUAGAUUUCAUGGUGGAGAAGCCAGGCUCAGGCCUGACAGAAGAAAGUCUGAUGGACUUGGAACUGAAGAUAGAAGUUCAGCAAAGCUGAACAGUGUGACCCAUGAGAAAUCAAAUUGGCUCCAUUGUUUCCAGACAUAUUUGCGCUCACGUUCCAAUGAACCCAGUCUUCAGGCUCCAGUAUUUUGAGCCCCACUCUCCAGAAGAUCUGGUGGGGUUUCUCAGCAUUGUAGAAAAUCUAUAUGUGUGCGUACAUGCAAGUUGGGGAGGUGUGUGUUCUUUGUUGAUUUCUGGUUCACAACUUUGUCAACAGAGAUAAGUGGGUACAAGGGCCAAUCUUGUGGAAGACUAUAGCAUUGAGGGAGCCGGGUCCCUGGGCCUCUGGGUAUUGGGUAACCAGAAAGCAGAUUGAGUAAUUCUCUGAGCAAUAAUGGCUCUGACUGGUACCCUGGCCACCAUUGCUUCCUUGGUGAAAGAAUAGUGAGGUUUCUCUUCCAGAGCUCCUGCCUUUCAGUUAUUUGCUGGUUCCCUCUAGGCCAGAAACUUGUAUUUGAGGAGAGGUGGGAUGGCAGAUGCCUUUGGUAUGGAACUGGGCUUUGCUUAACGAGUACCAGAGGAAGCUCUCGCCACAUUUUCUCUGCUGUGUGGUCCAGGUACUUGGAGGACCCCUGGCUGAGAGACAGGUAAGGAAAGGCAUCCUGCCGUAGGUGGGGGACAGUCCCAGACAGUUCAGACAUGCCUUCCCUUCCCCCCUUAUACCCAACACCCACUCUGGCCUUUGUAAAUAAAUAAUGUGAUUUUUGUUGUGAGAUUA